GCGUUCUCGCGCACACCGUUCUCGCGCGGCUCUUGCGAAAUUCCACGGGGCAGAUGAAUGCCACCGCGUAUUAAGUACAGGAGUGAUCCUUACGUUGCGAGGAUAUCGCGCGCAUUAUCCCGAGAAAGAUGUUGGUUCCGGCCAGAAACAUCGCCGCCGCCGGCACGCUCGUCUUCGUAUCGCGAUUCCUCGCUCUAACGACACUCGUCGGUGCCACGACCUUGCCGCCCAGAAUGCUGCAGGAUCUCGGUAGGCGCACCAACGUCUCCAUGGAGCGGUACAGUCAGGCGGAACGGGCGAUCCUGAACUCCCGCACGCAUCUGAACCGCGGCUCGCCGUCCUGGUUCCUCGGCGCCUCGCAUGAGAUGACCGAGGGCGCCCAGAAUCUGUCGAGAAGGGCCUUGAGGAUCGAGACGAUGGCGGUGAUGCUCGUGGAGGCGCUCAACAUGUCGUCGAAGCAAGCGUCCUCGGUGCUGCCAACGGUGGCCGCGAUCCUGUGCCCCGACUCACCCAGCUUCCUGCGGGUGAUGUCGGACUGCAAGAAGACGGAUGUCCGUUUCAGGACGCACACCGGUCGGUGCAACAACGCGCUGCACCCGACCUGGGGCGCGGCUCUGGAGUCUUACGUGAGAUUCCUGCCGCCGGAGUACGAGGACGGCGUUUCUCUGCCCCGUACAAAGCUGCCGAGCGCGAGAGAAGUCUCCUCGAAGGUACAUUCCGGCGGGUUGGACCUUAAGCAUCCUUACUUGAUGGCGCUCACCGCGCUUUUCAGCCAGUUCCUCGCUCACGACCUGGCGCACACGCCCAGGAUGGAAUUGCCGGACGGCACCAGGCUCAAGUGCUGCGACGUCGACUAUGAAAACUUCCACCCCGAGUGCUUCCCCAUCCGGGCGGAGAACCCAGUCGGGUGCAUGGAGUACGCACGGUCGGCGCCGCAUCCUGGAAAUUCGUUACAGGGUUGCAAGUUGGGCUCAAGGCAGCAGAUCAACCAGGCGUCCUCCUACCUCGACCUGUCGCCGCUCUACGGCAGCUCCGAAGAGACGGCCAGAGCUUUGCGGUCGGGCAAGGGCGGCUUGCUGAAUACACAGCGAAAGAACCUGCCGAUGGCCUCGCCGAGGUACGAGAGCUGCAGAAGCGCCAGCAAGGCGUUCCCGUGUUUCCUCAGCGGCGACACCAGGGUGAACGAGAACCCGGGUCUCACGCUGAUGCACGUGCUGUUCUUGCGGGAGCACAAUCGAGUGGCCGGGGAAUUGGAACGGCUGAAUCCUCAUUGGGACGACGAGAGACUCUAUCAGGAAGCGAGACGGAUCGUUAUCGCCGAGUUACAGCACAUAACUUAUAAUGAGUUUCUGCCAGUCAUCCUCGGGGAGAGCACCCUCGACAAGUUCAACCUGCGGCUGACACAGCGGGGCUACUUCCGAGGCUACGACAGCCGCGUGGACGCGACGCUCGCGAAUUCGGCAGCGUCGGCCGGGCUCUUCUUCGUCGCCGCGCUGACCCCGAAAACCCUCGAUCUCGUCGACUCGCGAUCGGCGCUCAAGUCUGGCGAAAGGUCCUUACUGUCGGCCUUCUACGCGCCGCAGGAGUUCUACGAGGCUGGCGCGAUCGACCGGCUGAUCGUCGGAGCUACAGCGGGACAUUCUAGGAAGCCUCUGCCUCCGGGCUUGAACGAAAUACUCCUGGAACGAUACUUCCACGACGGGAAGACCAACGACGUGGCCGUGGACUACGCAGCGCAAAUUAUACAGCAAGGAAGGGAUCACGGCCUACCGCCUUACGUCAGAUGGCGAGGCUUCUGUGAUCUGCCGGAUCUUGCCGACUUUCAGGACCUCAAAGGCACAGUGACCAAAGAUACUGUCGAGAAGCUCAGAGCAGUCUACAAGAACGUGGAGGAUAUAGAUCUAGUGACGGGAGCUCUUUCGGAAGCGCCGAUACCUGACUCUGUUCUCGGACCAACGUUUCUUUGUUUGUUAGGCCGAACGUUUCGGAAUAUCCGUUUAGGCGAUAGGUACUGGUAUGAAAAUGGAAACACCCCCGGUGCAUUUACGAUAAAGCAGUUGGAAGAGAUACGAAAGAGUACGAUGGCGCAAAUUUUGUGUCGCAACGGCGACAGGCUACAGUGGAUGCAGCCGCGAGCUUUUAUCUUGAAGGAUCCUUUUCUAAAUGGCAUGACAAACUGCACAGUCUACAUAGCAGGAUCCUUGAAUUUAACAGCUUGGAAAGAAAGGACAGAAGAUCCAAUUUAAUCUGAAACCUCACGUCCAUCAUCGUGACUUUAACAUUGCUCAUGUUAAACAAUGUUGUUCCUGACCACAUUAAGGAUCGCAUGUUCGAUUAAAAUCAGCGAGAUAUUUUGUUCCGCUACUACUUCCAAAAUCGCGCAAAUAAAAAAAAAACAUGUUACAUAGAUGCUAUCGCUAAGGUAAAUUGAUACAAUUUAUCUGUAGCGAUUAAUUGGAAAAAUGUGUAAUCGUCAUUUCACUUCAGAUACGGAACAAAUCAACUUUAAUCAA